CCCUUUCUGGAAUCGGUUUGACACCUGUGAUUUAGGGUGUAUUUGGGGGUACCUAAAGGGUUCAUUCCGACUUAAGCGGAAAUUCGGGUUACGUAUAGCAUAGGAACGGAAUCGUUCGUAACCUGGGGACUACCUGUAUAGGUACCUUUUGAUCUGCGCCCUUUGCCUGGUGGACCUGCUAUCCUUGGGAGCCAUCGUCCCCAGCGCGCUGGCGGUUCUGCUGGCGGAACGGAACGGCGUGUCGCUGGCCGGCUGCCUGGCGCAGAUGUUCGCCACCCACUUCCUGUCGUCGGUGCAGUCCACCGUGCUGCUGGCCAUGGCGCUCGACCGCUACGUGGCCAUCUGCCGGCCGCUGUGCUACGAGCGGCUGGUGGGCCGGCGGGCGCUGCUGGCGCUGGCCCUUUUCACGGCAGCCCGCAGCGGCGCCGUCAUGGGCACGUUGGUGGGCCUGGCGGGCUCGCUGCGCUUCUGCGCCUCCCGCGUCAUCCGCCACUGUUACUGCGAUCACAUGGCGCUGGUUAGCCUGGCCUGCGGUGACACCCGACGCAGCGCCGCCGCCGGCGUGGCCGUCAUCGCCUGCUUCGUGGGCGUGGACAUCCCGCUCAUCGUAUUCUCCUACUUGAAGAUCUUGGGCGCCGCGGUCCGGGCGGCGGCCCACGGGAACGAGAGACGUAAGGCUUUUCACACCUGCGGUACCCACCUGAUGGUGAUGAUGGUCUUCUACCUGGUGGGCACCGUCAGCUUCCUGUCGCACAACCUAAGUCUGUCCAUCCCCACCGACGCCAACAGCGCCAUGGGGCUCCUCUACAUCCUGGUCCCGGCCGCCGCCAACCCCGUCAUCUACGGGGUCCGCACGGCAGAGAUCAGGAACGGCUUCCGCGGUCUCCUGGGCCUCAAGGACGUCACCGAAGCCAACUCAAAGUCCAAGGCCAGGGAAGAGACCCGGGUCAGGGUCAAGGCCAUGGUCUCGCCUGCCAACGACGACGACCGCCGACAGUCAUCCGACCAAUAAAGGAGAGCGUGUUUGUGCAUGUG